UAUCUAGCCAAUCACCUUUACUUGGUCCUCAUUCUUUCUUUCUAUUACGCCAGCGAAGCCAGCAACGUCAACCACCUUAACGGUUCCCAAUGGCCACCACUUGCUCAUCAUCAUCAUCGUUCAAUCUACACCGUUGUUUCCAUGACACAUGCUUCUUCCAAUCAUCUUCCCGGUCCAAACAUCUUCAUCUCACAUUUCUUCGACCCACAACAACUCCCACAAAGGUAUGUGCUACAGCUAAGGCCCGAUUAGGAGUAGUGGAAGAAGAAAUAGUGGGUCAGAUCAAGAGGCUUCAGAAUGGGCCGGAUAUUCGCGGGGUCGCACUGGAAGGAGAGAAGGGACGGACGGUGGAUUUCACACCGCAGGCAGUGGAGGCCAUUGCAGAGAGCUUUGGCGAGUGGGUGAUUAAUGGUUUGGAUGGGGUGGGAGGAAAGAAGGAGGCGGGCCAAGUUCGCGUGUCAGUAGGCAGGGACCCACGUAUCUCAGGCCCAUCAUUGAGUGUGGCGCUCUUCAAAGGUCUGGCCCAUGCAGGCUGUUUGGCAUUUGACAUGGGACUGGCAACCACUCCAGCUUGCUAUAUGAGCACUUUACUGUCUCCAUUUGCUUACGACGCUUCCAUAAUGAUGACAGCAUCACACCUUCCAUACACAAGGAAUGGGUUAAAAUUCUUCACGCCUAAAGGAGGGUUGAGUUCGAGUGAGGUGGAGGAGAUAUGCGACCGAGCUGCCCGCAAGUAUGCCAAUUGGCUCAUUAAGGGGCUCCGCAAUGUCAGACCAACCUCUGCUCCGACCAGAGUAGAUUUCAUGUCAACCUACGCUCACCAUCUCCGUACCAUCAUCAAGGAAACAGUUCGCCAUCCCUUGCACUAUGAUACUCCCCUCAAGGGAUUCAAGAUAGUGGUGAAUGCUGGGAAUGGUUCGGGCGGGUUUUUCACAUGGGACGUUUUGGAGAAGCUUGGGGCUGAUACAACAGGCAGCCUUAACCUUGAGCCCGAUGGAAUGUUCCCCAAUCACAUCCCCAACCCUGAGGACAAGAUUGCAAUGUCCCUCACUAAGGCUGCCGUUUUGGAAGGUAAGGCCCACCUCGGGAUUGUCUUUGAUACCGACGUUGAUCGGAGUGGUGUGGUUGAUGAGGCCGGCAAUACUAUCAAUGGAGACAGGCUCAUUGCUCUCAUGGCUGCCAUCGUCCUAAGGGAGUACCCUGGGACAACCAUAGUAACUGAUGCUCGGACCAGCGUCGCCCUCACACGCUUCAUCACCAGCAGAGGGGGACAUCAUUGCUUAUAUCGUGUGGGAUAUCGGAACGUCAUCGACAAAGGGGUUCAGCUAAACAAGGAUGGAAUUGAGACGCAUCUCAUGAUGGAGACAUCGGGCCACGGUGCACUCAGAGAGAAUAAUUUUCUCGAUGACGGGGCUUACAUGGUGGUGAAGAUCAUCAUCGAGAUGGUCCGUAUGAAGCUGGACGGAUCAGAUGAAGGGAUCGGUAGCCUGAUCCGGGACCUUGAAGAUCCGGUGGAGUCUGUUGAGCUGAGGAUGAAUGUGCUUUCACAGCCAAACGAGGCUAAAAAGAAAGGUGCUGAGGCUGUCGAAACCUUGAGAAAGUACAUAGAGGAAGGCAGGUUAAGUGGAUGGGAGUUAGACUUAUGUGGAGACUGUUGGGUGAGUGAUGGCUGCCUUGCCGAUUCAAAUGAUGAACCUGCAGCUAUUGAUGCCCACAUGUACCGGAUCAAAGUCAUGGAUGAGGAGCACGGACAACAUGGUUGGAUACACAUUAGACAAAGUGUUCACAAUCCCAACAUUGCACUAAAUUUGCAGUCUUCAGUCCCUGGUGGUUGUCAAUCCAUGUCCCAGAUUCUCCGAGAUAGGUUUCUCAUGGCGAGCGGUUUAGACAAAAUACUCGACAUUGCGCAAGUUAACAGCUACGCAAGAAAGGGGAAUCUAAGUUGAAAUGCACCCUCCACCCACAGUGUACAUUUCAAACCAUUAAAAAAAAAAAAAAAACGUUCCCACCAACAUCCAUGCCCUUGCAUGUACCUACUAAUUAGCACUUGAACUAUAUAUUUUGAAAACUAGUUCACAUACCUAGCAUGCAUAUCAAAUAUCAACAUGGUUCCGUAGUACAUGUGACCUCAAUCCCACCGUUGGGUGGCAUAUUCAUGUCAUAGAUCUAAACCUAUCAUCAUGUAGUAUACACUGUAGACAUGCCCUAGACAGUAUCUGUCAAGUUCAACAAUCAGUAUUCAACGUGCAUGUACAUGGCAAUCACAGUGAACUCUAACAUGCAUCCAUCGAAUGGUGGGAAUGAAUGCAGACGUGGCUUAUCUAUCAAAAUCAAUAUAAAAAAUGGUAUGUAAAACAACAGUAGGUUGUUCUAUUUUAUAUUGAUUGUUGGUAGCAAUUUCUUGA